AUUAUUAUUCCCCAGUAUGGCUGACGAGAACAACCUUGGAGACGGUCUUCGCUAUCCGGCUAAGCAUUCGGAGCGGAGGAUGUCCGAGUCCAAGAAUGAGGAAGAGGCGAGGUUGGAGCGGAUGGCCAAGGCUGUCGAGGUGCUGCUGGAGGGAAUUGGAGAGGAUGUUGCACGGGAGGGUCUACUGGAGACGCCGAUGCGGAUGGCCAAAGCUCUGAACUUUCUCACCUCGGGCUACUCGACCUCGCUGGACGACGUUGUGUCGAAUGCCGUGUUUGAUGAGCAGCACGAUGAGAUGGUCAUUGUCCGCGACAUUGACCUGUUUUCCAUGUGCGAGCAUCACAUGCUGCCGUUUGUUGGUACCGUCUCUAUCGGCUAUCUGCCCAACGGCAAGGUUCUUGGCCUGUCCAAGCUGGCGCGCAUUGCAGAGAUGUUCGCCCGUCGGCUGCAGGUUCAGGAGCGGCUGACCCGCCAGAUUGCAGAGUCGAUCAUGGAGGUCAUCGAGCCGCGCGGCGUGGCGGUUGUCAUCCAGGCCUCGCACCAGUGCAUGACCAUGCGUGGCGUGCAGAAGCCGCACUCGGCGACCAUCACCUCGUGCAUGCUCGGCGAGUUCCGUGACAACGAGAAGACCCGCUCCGAGUUCCUUACCCUCCUCGGCCUUCCGCAGCGCUGGAACUCGUAGCUGCCUUGCGUGGCCGUCGUUGCUGUCGCCGCUGCCCGUGGCCACCGCCUGCUUCAGCCGCCGCGCCGGCAUCAUCAGCAUCAUGACCGCGGUCUGUACUCUCGCUGCCUGCCUGAGCCGGCGAGAGCGUCCGCAGCGCCUCGCCCACCCGUGACGGCCGCUCAAAUGAAGGAUAGUACGCAUCGA